AACGCCGGCUCCAGUGUGCCAAGAUGAGUCUCAGCAACAAGGUGGUGAUCGUGACGGGAGCUAGCAGCGGAAUCGGUGCCGCAAUUGCCCAAGUGCUGGCCCGCGAAGGUGCCACUUUGGCGCUGGUGGGCCGCAAUGUGGCCAAUCUGGAGGCCACGAAGAAGAACCUCAAGGGCACGCAGGCGGAAAUCGUGGUGGCCGAUGUGACCAAGGACGCGGACGCGAUUGUCCAGCAGACGUUGGCCAAGUUCGGACGCAUCGAUGUGCUGGUCAACAAUGCCGGCAUUCUGGGCAAGGGCGGCCUCAUCGAUCUGGACAUCGAGGAGUUCGACGCGGUGCUGAAUACCAAUCUGCGCGGCGUUAUUCUGCUGACCAAGGCGGUGCUGCCGCACCUCCUGAAGACCAAGGGCGCCGUGGUCAACGUGAGCAGCUGCGCCGGCAUUCGUCCCUUCGCCGGAGCGCUGAGCUACGGAGUCUCCAAGGCUGCCCUCGAUCACUUCACCAAGAUUGUGGCCCUCGAGACGGCGUCGCAGGGUGUGCGCGUGAACUCGGUGAAUCCCGGCUUCGUGGUGACCAACAUCCAUCGCAACAUCGGCAUCGUCGACGAGGAGUACAACGGCGUGCUCCAGCGGGCCAUCAAGUCGCAUCCCAUGGGCCGCGUGGGCGACGUCACCGAGGUGGCCGAGGCAGUUGCCUUCUUGGCCAGCUCCAAGGCCAGUUUCACCACCGGUGCCCUCCUGCCCAUCGACGGUGGCAAGAACAAUCUGACGCCUCGUUAAGCGUGCGCGAUUGCGUCUUCUCCAUUAUUACUACCCAUCCUCCUUUUUUUUUCAAUAAAUAAGUAGUAACCACACUGAA